UGGAGAACUACGGGGCUCAUGAAAGCUGCUCUGGGGUUCGUUCCCAAUCCUAACCUGGACUUUUGGGUGAAAGAAGAGGAAGAUCAGCUUCUUCACUAUUUUGAGGAAGGGGAAAGUUCAGCAGAAGGUGGUGAGCCAGGCAGUGAAAAUUCUAGGGAGCCAUUUGUGGCUUCUGUAACCAGAGACAAUUCUGGAAUAAGAAAAGAACCCCUUGGGAAUCAAACCAUAGCAAGAAGACGGGAUGAAAACCAGGGUGGAGAGAAACCAUAUAAAUGUCUGGAGUGUGGGAAGACCUUUUCUGAGAAAUCUAGCCACAAGAGACACCAAACAGUUCAUUCCGAAGAGAAGCCAUAUGAGUGUUUGCAGUGUGGGAAGACCUUCAGGUGGAGCACAAACCUCACUUCCCAUCAAAGAACCCACACAGGGGAGAAACCGUAUGGGUGUUCAGUAUGUGGAAAGAGCUUUAGUCACAACAGAAAACUGACUUACCAUCUACAAGUACACACUGGGGAAAAGCCUUAUAAAUGUUUGGAGUGCGGCAAGAACUUUGGAAAGAAGGAUCAUCUGGUUGCCCAUCAGAGAGUGCACACAGGGGAAAAACCAUAUAAAUGUUCAGAGUGUGGGAAGAAUUUCAGGUGGAGUACUGAUCUGACUUCGCAUCAGAGAAUCCACACAGGAGAGAAACCGUACACAUGCCCUGAGUGUGGAAAAAGUUUCAGCCGGAGCACAACUCUGGCUUUGCACCAAGUAAUGCAUACAAGAGAGAAACUGUAUCAGUCUUUGGAGCGUGAGAAGAGCUUCAGUCACAGCUCCAGCCUUCCUCACCAUCAAAAAAUCCAUACAGGAGAGAAACUUCAUAAAUGCCCAGCAUGCAGCAAGAGCUUCCGGAAAAAGGACCACCUCACGUCACAUAUAAGAAUCCACACAGGGGAGAAACCUUAUACAUGCCUGGUGUGUGGAAAGAGCUUCAACCGGAAUGGUACCCUGACUUUGCAUAACAGAAUUCAUACAGGGGAGAAACCGUACCAAUGCUCUGAGUGUGGAAAGAGCUUUAAUCAGAAAGUAAACCUUACUUCCCAUCAAAGAAUCCACAUGGGGGAAGAUCCCUUUGCACCUAACCAGUCUCCUCUGACCUUACACCAGCUGUGGGACAAGUCUAUGUACUUCCAAACUGCUGCAGAACCAAGCAUGAUGCAAACUGAAUAUCCAGGUGAAACCUUGUAAAGCUGCCAGCAGAGGAAAGAACUCCAGCUGAUUCGAGGAAGCUGGCUAAGUCAUGCUGUACUGGGGAAAGAAGGAAGCAAAGCUCUUGUGCCAGCAGGAAAGAUGGAGCAAGAUUCACGUAAUGACUCAUGUGUGAAUACCAGACACACAGGAAUGAAGCUAGGGAAAGGUUUCCAUUGUGUUGUAUACUAUGUAUUGUAAAUCUGUUUGAGUCCAUGUUGGGAGGUGGGGAAGACAGACUACAAAUAAAUGCAUUGAGAGGGGUAAGGCUGUGGAGUCACAGACUCAUAAUUCCUGCUUGCCAUUCUUCCAUAGAAGUUUGCUGGUUGACCCUGGGCCAGCCACACACUGUCAGACCUGUUCCAGCUGAUGCAGGCUAGGCCUGAUUCAGUUAUAGGCGAGCACUUAAGAGCACCUGGUUGUCUAAUUAGCAUUCCUCUUUUAUUUCAUUUCUCUCCUGGCAGGAGACACAACUCAACAGCAUUUUGGUUUGGUUUUGGGGUACUGUAGGCAAUAAAUUUUAAUA